AUGUCAAUCCCGGCCAUCGGCCUGGGCCGCCCGCCGCAACCUGACUCUCCUCCCCCUAUCAAUGGGCGCGACUAUCUUGCCAAACUCCAUAAAUACCUGUCGUUGAACAUUGCCCGACUAGCACCGCCGCUCAAGCCCAAGAAUCAGGACGCGACAUGGUUGCAGCAGUCCUACACUCUCCUCACUCUAGGCCUCGACCCGAACAGCGCACCGCUCAGUAGAGCGCUCAAAGUGCCGCUGACGCUUGGCUUCGGCGCGCCGGCCCCUCCCCAACCUAGACACGCCAAGCCCGUCCUCCUCCGACUACCACCAGACAAGAUCCUCUAUCUCCUCCUACGGUGGCAGAGCCUGCCACAGUCUCUGCCGCAUGUUGGGAGAACCGACGUACCCGUACCCGAUGCCGUUCCCGGCACCGUCAAGGGCGCACGGGUCGGGCGGUAUGGCGAUGGUGACGUCGAGAGCGUGAGGAGUUGGGUAGGGAGCAUACGAACAGUCAGCAGCCGUGUGCCGAGUGGCUGGUGGGGUCCGCCAGGGAUUGAUGAGGACAAACUCCUACUAGAGCUGUACGCGGUCUUCAACGCGUUGCCGGGUCUCCUCAUUCACCCCCCUCUCAACACCGAUGCGCCGAUCGCGGAGCUCAUGGACGCUGGCGGUUACACUCUAUUCGGUGGUGUUGACGUGCGUGUGCCACUUGAUGUGAUGCGCAACCUACAGGUCCUCGAGCUUGACGGCUUCGACCCACGAGCUGUACUCGUGCCGCCAAACCCGCUCCUGCACAGCUUGACAGUGCACGACGUCGAGGAUGCCGACGACUGGAUCGUCGAAUUGCUUGUCGAUGGACCACAACAACAGGACGACUAUGGCCUCUCCGUCCCCCCCCUGGACACGCCCGCCGAGUCACCAUUGAAGCCACAGACGCCGCGCUUCCCGAAUCUGCGCCAUCUGAGCAUCCAUCACGCUGGGCUUCUCGCGCUUCCCUCCCUUCCUCUCACCUCUGUCACACAUCUCGACCUCUCCGGCAACUUGCUCAAUGAGAUCCCUGACCUGUCGGGAUUACACAACCUUGUGUCGCUCAGCCUUGCUUACAACGUCAUCACGAGCGUGCGCAGGGCGCCCCAGUCAAUCGGCAACGUAACCACGCUCAAUCUCGCACACAACCGCAUCGACUGCCUUGUCGGUCUCGAACGCGUCCUGGGCCUGAAGCGCGUGGACGUGCGCGCGAACGAACUUCCCGAGACCAGCGAGGUGGGGCGCUUGGCUGUACUACCGCAGAUCGAGGGCGUGUGGGCUACAGGCAACUCGUUUGCGACUCCCGAAAGCGAUUGGAGGGUAGAGGUGUCAGCGUUCUUCGCGGGGGAAGGGCGCGACAUCGUGCUGGACGGCACACCGUUGACAUGGGCCGAGGGAAGACGUGUGGACGCAGCAUUGGCGGCGCGUGGAAAGCGGAGGCCACCACCUCGUCCGACAACAAGCGCGCCGGCUACAGCGCCGGCCAGCGCGGCCAACACGGCUCCCAGUUCGCCUAGACUCACAAUUGAAGUCAACACGAACGCAGCUGGUUUCGCAGGUCGAUUAGCACCAUCUUCGUCUGCGCGCGCUGCGGCUCGAUCGCCUGUCGGAUCUACGGAAACGCAACCGACUCCUGGCACAUCAUCACCAUUGCCAACGUCCAGGUCACCGACCAAAUCGCCGUCGCCAGAAGACCCAUUCACACGGACACCGGUGCGCAAGGCGAAGAAGAAGCGCGCGAAGCGAAGGGUGGUGAACUUGGACGACGAAGGAAGUAAUAGACAGGAUUAG